GGUUGAUUUGCUUUCAGGAAAAAUAUAGGUUGAGGGAUAUUCCAAGGGUUUCCAUCGGUCGAUGAAAAAGGCGACGGUCCAAAAACUGAAAGUGCUUAAGAUAAAUUUACUGUAAUGACACCUUUAGUCCGACUUCCGGUAAAAAUUGCACUGUUGCAAGUAAAAUAAAUUUCCAUUUACAUUUGUUAUCACACUUCAUAAAUCUCUCUUAAUAUUCAAACAUAUUAAGCAGCUGCUUACACACAGACAUGCACGGGUGAGACAUUUUACAUCAUGGAUCAGCCAGUCGACACUGAGACAAGAUUCUCUAUUGAAAACAAUCACUUGAGUGCAAGACUUGCUUCAUUAAGAAAUGAACAAAAGAUAUGUGAUAUCACAUUUCGUUUGCAAGAUGGUAAUGAAAUAAAGGCCCAUAGGUCAAUUGUUGCUGCAUUCAGUAAUUAUGUGAUGAGCAUGUGCUCGCAGAAUACAAAUCAAUUAAUCGUUGGUUUGGUUGUGAACUUACCACAAGCUUCUAGAGAAGAUUUAGAACGAAUCUUGGAUUUUAUAUAUGGUGUUCCACUACUGUUAAACUGGAAUGAGCUGCAAACACUGAGAACUUUAUCUAAAGAACUUAUGAUUCCUGACCUCGAUGCAGCCAUAAGUAAGGCAUUUCAUGGUCAUGUUGAAGACACUAAAUUCAUGCAUGAUGGAUACCCAUCAGGACAAUAUACAGAUAGCUGCAAGUCAGAGCAUGGUGUAAAGCAGGAGCCCCCUGAUGAAGACUCAUAUGGCCUGCCUGACUCUGGAUCUUCUCAGGACAAUAUGCAUGAUGGAUCAACAUCAUAUAUUGCACAUGAUGCUUCAGAUAAUAUCAAACUAAACAAUGAUGACAAGUCUAAGAAAGGUGACACGGUUGAGGAAUAUGCUGGUUAUAAUGAAAGCCUUGAAGGUGAUGGUGACGAUGAUAAUGAUGCUCCUAUUGACAUUGAAAAAAUUGCUUCUUCAGAUGGCAAGGGCUGUACUGUGUGUGGCUACUAUUAUGCUGGCAUGCAUUACGGGGCACAGGUGUGUGUACCUUGCGAACGAUUCUUCAAGCGUCAUGCUCAAAAUUCUAAGACUAAAAUAGUCAAGUGUAUGUUUGACCAGAAUUGUGAAAUUGAUUUGAAAAAUCGUAGCAAAUGUCAGUGGUGUAGAAUGAAGAAAUGCAGAACAGUGGGCAUGAAAAUGCAAGAUUCUAACACCUCAACAGUUUCUCAAACUAAUUCAGCACAUGAGGCAGAGUCGGUUAGAGGGUCACGCAACAGGAAGGAACCAGCAAGAUUCACCAGUCCAUUAUAUCCUAAGCUGAUAAGGCAAACUUCCGGAUUGAGUCCAAAAAAGAAACAGAAUAUGGAGAAACCUGUUUCAGCAAGUAUGAGCUCCAUUGUGGAUGAAACAACAAAAACUGUGAACAGUGAAGAGGAAGAAAGUGAUAAUGAAACAAAUCCUGAAUGGAGUGAUAUGAAAACAGAUGACUUUCAGUUUGUUACAACCUCUAAGCCAAGAAACUUAAUGAUGUGCUACUUCUGUAAACAGCACAUUGAGGCUGAGCGCAUGGUGGAACAUGAGAAACUUUGCAGAAAGAAUAUGCCAUUUAAAUGUUGUGUUUGUGAAGAAAAGUUUGAUACUUAUAUAGCAUGGAAGGAGCACUUGGAAGCUCAUCCUGAUACUAUUUUUUGUGAUAUUUGCUACAAUGAAACAUUUUCAUCACAAACUGAUCUUCUACCUCAUAAACGGGAACAUUAUUUAAUGGAUAGCAUGAGGCAUUAUCAUGCUGGAGAGCUGUAUGGUGUCUUAAUGAAAUCCUGUGAUGGUGCAAUGCUGUUACAGUGUGUAUUAUGUGAUUCCCCUCAAAUGCUCUACACAAGCUCCAUCUUUUUAUCUCAGCACAUCAGAAAGGAACACAGAGGACUACCCUUUAAAUGUAGUCUCUGUGGAAAAGUAUACAGCGGGUCACAUGGUCUGAGGCGCCAUCUAGAGGCCCACACUGGUAUCAGGCCUAGAUUCUUAUGCUCAGAAUGUGGGAAAGUGUACGCCCAACAGAAGCAGCUUAAAGCCCAUUCUGUUACCCAUGUACUGGGGAAACCUUUCUAUUGCAAACUAUGUAAUACAGGCUUCGAUAAAGAGGGAGAAAUGAGAAUCCAUUCAAAGACAGCCCAUACUGAUAAGAUGGAUCACAUAUGUUCUCAGUGUGGUAAAGGCUUUAUAUCUAGACAUCUAAUGAAACGACAUAUUGAAACAACUCAUACACAAAAACACAUAUGUUCAUUCUGUGGGAAAAAGUUUGGUCGUAAAACAAACCUGAAAACUCAUGAAAGGAUUCAUACGUCAGAAAAGCCAUAUAAGUGUUCCCUAUGUAAUGCUGCAUUUGCCCAACUGGCUAGCAUCCAGUGGCACUACAAAAAGAAUCAUCCCGCCUGUAGUGGACCAUCUAAGUCUGAAUUCACAAAGGUUGAUGAGACCACAGAGCAAAAUAAUGUGAUUAAUGAAUUAGAUAAUGAAACACAAACUACCCCAUCCAUGGAGAUUCCACCUAGUUUUGGUCAACUGUAUCCUCAGCCUAUGUACUUCAAUCCAUAUGUUGGAGGUAUGAACAAUUGACCAAUUCAUACAUAGGGGUUAUGAGCAAUUAAUGGAAUCAAGUAAAUUUGGAUAGGUUAGUGGCUGCUUUACUUGGACUGGUACAUUUAAUGUUUUCAUGAAAAGACCACCGCAAACAAUUUCAAAAAGUGAUAUCUUUAAUCCUGGGUAUUUUCAUAGAAUUUGAAUAAUCUGAUAAAUAAUCAACCUAGCAAUAAAGGUGCAUUAGCUAUUGCCUGAUAAUGUAAAAAAUGGAUAAACAGUGUUCCUUAUUUUGGCGGUUGGCAUCUGUAACAAAUGGUGAUAACAUUUUGCAUGUUAAUGCCUUGUUUGUUUGAUACUCUUUUGUUGAUUCGCA